AUGACGUCCGCCGCUUCGAACCCUAACCAGGCCAACCAGCCGACCCUUCAGAUCAACAGUGCAGCCUCCCCGCCCAGCAAGCGCGAUCUCAAAUCAUGGUGGAAGGGCUUCAAGCUGCCUUCAAAGCAUCAAGAACCUCAGGAAACCCGGCCACAAGGCAUCUUUGGUGUACCUCUACGACAAAGUAUAACAUACGCCAAUGUUGCGAUCUCACUCAUCGAUGAAAAGGGGCAGAGCUACAUCUACGGCUAUGUUCCCAUCGUCGUCGCAAAAUGCGGCGUCUUCCUCAAAGAAAAAGCUACCCAUAUCGAAGGAAUUUUCCGUCUUAGCGGUUCGGAAAAGAGGAUAAAGGAGCUGAAAACCAUAUUCGACUCGCCCGAUAGAUACGGAAAGGGUCUGGUCUGGGAAGGAUACACAGUACACGACGCUGCCAACGUUUUGCGACGAUACCUCAACGACCUUCCCGAACCUGUCGUUCCCCUCGAUCUAUACGAGAAGUUCCGCGAUCCCCUCCGAGGCGCAACCAAGCAGGCUGUAGGUGACGCAGAGGGUCCCCAGUUCGUGGAGAACUUCAACGAGAAAGCCGCCAUCAUACAGUACCAGCAACUCAUCACUGAGCUGCCCCCUCUGAACCGGCAGCUGCUGCUCUACAUUCUUGACCUUCUUGCAGUAUUUGCUGCCAAGGCAGAUGAGAACCGAAUGAACUCUCAGAAUUUGGCAGCCAUCUUCCAGCCAGGCAUGCUUUCUCACCCAGCCCACGCUAUGGCCCCCGAGGAAUACCGACUGAACCAAUGCGUUAUCAUCUUUCUGAUUGAAAACCAAGAUCAUUUCCUCAUCGGCAUGCAAGGCACUGCGGCUGACGAAAAGACCAAGAAGGAAGUGGAGUCCGGCACUCCUAGCGGUCCUCUCACCCCGCAACCCGCUAGACAGACAAGUUUGGGCCGAUCAGCAUCCAACGCGAGCGCCGGUGCCAAUAGCGUGCGACGAGACGGCAAGCUUCGCAGGAACCGAUCCGUAUCGUCGCGAAACUCUAGAAAUGACGGAAGCUCGACGCCGAAUAGCCCAGCUCUGACAGCGACGCCAACAACAGGUGGUCUGGCCAGGAGCAAUACGGUGCCGUCCAAGAAAUCACCUGCUAUUGGCGCCGGCCGCUUCCAGAGAACUGAUGGUGCAAGUCCUCGUUCCGGCGCUCACCUCGAGCCCUUGACCCAGGUCAAUCCUACCGAAAGCGUGGCAGAAUCUCCCCAAUCAACACGCUCGUCAGAAUUCGCUCAUGGUGGCUAUACUACUCCAAGCAAGGCCCCAGUAACAGGACGAAGUCACGAAAGGCUUCUUGAAGUGCCGCAAGAGUCUCCCACUCAGCGGAAUCUUACAAACAUUUUCCGUUCGGUUCCGACCACCGACAGUGGAGACAAGAGACAGCCAAACAAGCUAAAGAAGAAAAGAAUACCUGGCAGCUUGAACCCAAGUGCACAGAGCUCUGUUGCCUCGUUGACAUAUCAACACGGAACCUCAACAUCCCCUGGACACGAGAUCUCUAACCCUAUGGACCAUCCGCAGCAUCAUGACCCGGAACCACAUAUAGUGCAGCAACAGCCCACUCCCAUCCUUGAAGAGAGGCACCAAGAAGCAUUGGAACAGCAUCAGCACGAGCAGCAGCUUCAAGAGGUGCUACAUGCGCAACAUGCUCACGAUGCUCAACUCACAGCUGGUUUCUUGACGCAGCAGAAGAGCGAUGUGUCAUCGGAACAUACUCCACGAGUAUCACAAGCAUCAUCGAACCAAAGCCUACAUCCAGAUAACACACUGAAGUCAAAAAAAUCACCACCGACAUCCCUACACUCGUCUUUUAAUGAAGGUUCGGACUUGGAUCAAAUUGUCGAUGAGCAGUCAGCCAGCACAUUCGACCAAGCGGAGAGAGAAAAGAAGAGACGCUGGCGGCUAUCAAGAAGCAGGAAUGCCGACAGUGGCUCAUCCGCGGGUUUCACCUCGCCCCGCAUGACCAUUGGACAGAAUGACAAUGGCGACGUCAGUAAUCUGUCGAUUUCUAGUUCCAGCCACAGACCCCGAAAGAGUGAGAGCUCUGAUCGGCCUUACAUGGUUGCUGAAGGACAAGGUAGCUUUGAUCAAGGCAGAGAGAGCGAUUCCAAGGGUCCCAUAGGAUGGAUCAGAAGUAAAUAUCGCGAAGCAAAGGAGAGUGCGGAACAAAGGAGGGCUAAGUCUCCUCCUCCUGCUGAUCAUCCUGGCUUAGGCUCCUCGAGCUUCUCACCUCCGCCAAAGAGUUUGGAGAUGAAGAGAGAUGAGCAGCCUGCGUCACUUGCAGCUAUAGCUGCUGCCCCGACGGGUGCCACCACUAACGCCGUGGCACCGCUAUCCACAGGAGCGCCAGCUUCUCAGACGGCCACAGUGACAAUGGUACAGCCGGAACCUAUGUCACCUACCCAGCAGCAGCAUGUGGAAAUCCCAGCAUCGCCUAUCGCUCAACCUCAGCCUGCAGUCCAGCCUGCAGCUCAAGUACAUGACCAAGCGCCUUCGGCCCAGGACCAGCCUCAGUCUCCCACUCGAGAUACGAUGGAAUCACCAAAGCCCCAUGCCCAGAAGAUUAGGUCCAUGCUUGAUGUGGACACACCCCCAGUUGCAGCAUCAUUGCAGUCUCCAACUUCGCCCUCAGCUCCUACCUUUAUAGCCACGCAAACACAGGAGCAACAAGAGUCCGAGUUACCAACCGAGUCGAAAUCGCUUGAGAAACCCGCUGAGGCUAUCGAACAAACAGCCGUGGCAUCACCAGAACAGCAGCCAAAGCUAGAUGCAGGAGCAGAAGCACCGAAACAGAAGCAAUAG